ACGGGUGCAAAACACACACCGCGCUAGCUGCUCGGAGGAACACUUAGCUUGUUUGUUCGUCUGAGCUAGCUAGCAAUGGCGGUUGCCGGUAUAGUCGUUUCUUGCUCCUUGGUCAUCGUGGCUUUCAUGGCCGCGGCGGCCACGGCGGGGUCCGUGCCGGCGGUGUACGUGUUCGGCGACUCGCUGGCGGACGUCGGGAACAACAACCACCUGCUGACGCUGCUCAAGGCGGACUUCUCGCACAACGGCAUGGACUACGCGGGAGGGAAGGCCACCGGCCGCUUCAGCAACGGCAAAAACUCUGCCGACUUCCUCGCUGACAAGCUCGGGCUGCCCACCUCGCCACCGUACCUGGCCCUGUCCUCGAGCAGCAACGCCAACUACGUCAACGGCGUCAGUUUCGCCUCCGGGGGCGCAGGAGUCUCCAACGCCACGAACAAGAACCAGUGCAUCACCUUCGACAAGCAGAUCGAGUACUACUCCGGCGUGUACUCCUCCCUGGCGCGCAGCCUCGGGCAGGCCCAGGCCGCGACCCACCUGGCGAGGUCCAUCUUCGCCAUCACCAUCGGCAGCAACGACAUCAUCCACUACGCCAAGGCCAACAACGCCGCCACCCCUUCCCAGCAGCAGCAGUACGUCGACGCGCUCAUCCAGUCCCUCUCCGGCCAGCUGCAGAGCCUCUACAACCUCGGCGCGCGCAAGGUGCUUUUCCUCGGCACGGGGCCGGUCGGAUGCACCCCGUCGCUGCGGGAGAUGAGCUCCGCCAAGGUCUGCAACGCCGUGGGGAACUCCAUGGCCGUGCAGUACAACAAGGCGGCCGAGGGCGUGCUGAGCGGCAUGGCCGCCAAGAACACGGACCUGCACUACGCGCUCUUCGACUCCUCCGCCGCGCUGCUCCGAUACAUCGACCAGCCGGCGGAGUAUGGGUUCGUCGAGGCCAAGGCGGCGUGCUGCGGCCUGGGGGACAUGAACGCCAAGAUCGCCUGCACCCCGCUCAGCAGCUACUGCGCCAACAGGUCUGACCACGUCUUCUGGGACUUCUACCACCCCACGGAGGCCACCGCGCAGAAGCUCACCGCCACCGCCUUUGAUGGAUCCGCGCCCUUCAUUUUCCCGAUCAACGUCAGGCAGCUCAGCGCCAUGUAGGAUUGCACGUAGACCACUAACUAGAUUCAUCAUCCGCGCUAAAUACAGAUCGUACGUAUUCACAAGUACGAAAUGUAUAUGAUUUUUCUUUUCAAAUAUAUA